UUGACUCUUUCGAGUGUCUUGCUUGAGUUGAAUGAAAUGAAUUGAAUGUGACAUGGCGUCGACCAAGAUAUAUCACGGAUAAUUCUUGUUUUAAUGACAGUGGCCUCUUUUAGUAUUUUAUUACUGAGGCCGUAAUAAAUCGUACAUUUGCAUUGAUGGUAAUGCAUGCAAGGAAACCGCAGCGAAUAAGCGAUGGGUACUUUGAGAAGCACCAAACCCAUCCGUAUCAGAAAUACAAUACCAAAAGUGAUAGAAGGGCAAACGAGUAUGUACCUUCUGAAAACCGAUAUACACCACUCCGAUCCCCAAAUGGCAAUGUCUCAGUACAUGGACAUGGGGCCCACACAGGCCAUGCAGGGCAUGGACACCACCACUACAGUCAUGUGGUGGAUGAAAGAGGAUAUGCAACAUCUAGAAAUACCUAUAUACAGAAAGGUUCUGAAAAGGAGAGAGAUAGAGACUAUAAAUCCUCUAGAAAUAAGUACACAGAUAGUGUCAGAUCCCCAAAGGAGAAACGUGAGAGAAUCAAAGAAAGUGAACGAGAGAGAAGUAAUCAUGAACGAAGUGAAUCAGAGAAAAAGAAUAGGACUAGUGGCAUAAACAUAAGUGUUAAUAGAAGUAGUAAAUAUGAUAAAAGAAGUGCUCCCUCAGGGAGUGUGCCUUCUGGCAGUGAAUGGUCAGAGCAUAUUAGUUCUUCAGGAAAGAAGUAUUAUUAUAACUGUAUCAGUGAAGUGUCACAGUGGGAGAAGCCCCGGGAGUGGGACUCAAGAAGGACAUCAUCCAAAGAUUCUACAUAUUCAUCCAGAAGCAAUAGAGAAAAGCGAUCCAGUUCUCGAUCAGGCAGAAGAGAAGUUGAGAAACCAAGUAAAAGAACCAAUAGCGGGUCAGAAAGGUACUGGAAUAAUGGCGGCAGGGAGGAUGACCCACACGACCGACCUCGACCAAAACUUUCGUCGGCGCCUCACGAAGGGAAAGAUGGGCAGUCUUUACAAGACAUGGACAUAUCUCCGGACCGGAGUACGCCGCUCUCCGAGAACUCGUACGGCGGGCGGGACGUCAACUCCGUGGCGCGGAACAACGCGGACAGCAACACGGUGCCGCCUGUCGUCGUGCUCGACAAUUCUAACCAACCGAGCGGCUCGUUGCUGGCGGCUGCCCUGCCUCGAAUCGUGGCGGCGCCGACGGUGUCAAUGCCUUCAGCGGCGGCGACGGUCACGGCGGUGGCGCCCGCGCCGACGGCGGCCAACAACGGCGGUGCCACGCCCGAGGGCAGCGGCGGCGGCUCACCGCACCGCGACGCUGGCCCGCCCACGCCGACGCACUCGGAGAACACCGACCCGCACGCGCCGCCGCUGCAUCUCGACACGGCGCUGCCCAGGAAAAUGGAGUGCCUGGGCAGCUACUCGUCGGUAGUGGGCGGCGCGCUGCACCACCCGCAAGCGCCCGCACUCACGCCGUCGCUCGUCAACUACGUGCGCGCCGACCUCACGGCGCACGUCUCCGGCUGGCCCGCCGACAUUCUCGAGAAACAGGCAAAUAAAUACACUGAAGAAGCCUAUCAACUGGGGUGUCUACAGUGCACGCGCGUGUCCGCAGAGCUGAAGUGCUCGCGCUCACUCGUACGCCACACCGAGAUACAAGCCACCUUACAAGAACAGAAGAUAAUGUACCUGCGGCAGCAGAUCUCGCGGCUGGAGGAGCUGAAGUCGCAGAACUCGUUCAUGUCGUCGUCUGAGGACUAGGGGCGUGCGCGGGGCGCCGAGCCCGCCGCGCCCGCGUCCGCGCCCGCGCCCCGCCCCCGGCUAGCGCCCUCCGCGCCCACGUGACGUGAGGACCUUUUCAUUUACCUGUCAAUGCUAAACAUUGUUCAUUCCGUUCUCUUUCUAUGUAAUUUAGAUCGAAUGAUUACUGUUAAAUGUGUUGUGUGAUUUGGUGUUAAAUUCUAAGCAAUUGUUCUCGUGAAAAUGCACGAUUGGUCAAUUUGGGUUUGAACUACUUUACAAUUCUAUGACAUGUAAAUGAUUAUUAUUAUUGAAUGAAAUAAAUGGUAGGUAAGUCUAUAGUACGUUGAAGUGAGUGAGGGAGCUCUCGCGCCGCGCUCCAUUCACUAUUUAGACUGACUCUGCACUUCACACUUAUUUUUAUUUAGUAUAUUUUUAAUUGCAUUGAGAAUCACCAGGCUACUUCUAAAAUUAAUUUGGUUCUCACUUUUAGUAAAAUAUAUGUGACUUUUUGUGGUCAUAUUGUUGUAUAAGGAGAUCCAAACUAUGUCUAUUCAGUCUCAUUCAGUUCAGUUGCCUGGCGGCUCUCAAUGUAUGUUUCUAUGACUUGGCAUUUUUAUAUUUAGAUUUUGAAUACACGUAGAUAAUUCUUUUCAUGACUUUUUCAGUUGGGUCACUUUUGUAAUAUUUUAUUAUUAAAUGAUAAUUUCGGUCAUAUGUAAGGAUACAGUGAUUUUAUAAGAAGUGUUUAUUGUAAAAUAAUAAAUUAUUGAAAUAAUUGUUUCAUAGGAAAUUUAUUAUUUUUCUAUAGUUCCGACUGUCCCCGCGAAAGUUCCUUUGACAGUGAAAAGCCUAUUUACUUACCAAAAUAUAUCUCAAAAAUGAGUAUAAUUCAUAAAAUGUUAUGAGCUCAGGGCUGGGGCCAGGCGCCGCGCCGGAUGGAACUAUCGCGAGAACAGCGCGUUAGGUGUAGUGACCAGAGAACGGUUAUGUAAAAUGUAACAAUUGAUCGCGGACACCGUUUAGAGGCAUAUGUGAGAUGGGGCCCCGGCGUAUAUCGAGGGGACCGUGAGCUCUGUGUGUGAGGCCCUCUACGCUUUCUGUUUACUAUCGGCAAUAUUGUAAGCAAUACGUGUUCAGUUAAGGGCUAAUCCAUUGACACCAAAGUUAAUAAAGUGCACGAGCCGUGGAAUGAAAAUCGAUAUUUUCUACACAUAAUUUGUGUUCCAACUUACUAUAAAUUUCCUUAUGCCGUAGUUGAAAUUUAAUGAAUUACUGUAAAUAUUGAUAUAAUAAAAAGUACUUCGGAGCAGAUACUUGUAGAACCUUCGUUUUUCAUUUACUAGACUGCUUAAGCCAGUACGCUACGAAAAAUGCAGAACAGUUACUAGUCGACAAGCAAUACUGACUGCUAUCAAAGAGAAUUUGAAAUAGAGGUGGAUUGUCAAAAAAAAACUUUGUAACCACAGUAAAUUUACUGUCAUUUUUUAGACACAUGAUUAAAAAUAAGAACGCCAUCUGACUUUGAUCCUUAUUCUCUCACCGAUAUGUGUUAAAUUUGUUAAAUAUCAAAAAAUGGCGUCAUCUAAUAGAUCAAAGGCCAAAGGUAUGACGGCAUCGAUUCGAGCGAUGGCGCCAUAACCUUUGGCCUAUGCCCGGUAAGAUCGCGCCACUUUUUGAUAUUAAACAAAUUUAACACAUUAGUGAGCGGAUAAGGAUCGAAAUCAAAUGGCAUUUUAAAAGUUUUAAUCAUGUGUCUAAAGAUGGCAGUAAAUUUACUGUGGCUACAUAAUUUUCUUUGACAAUCCACCUCUAUUUCAAAUUCUCUUUACUGCUAUUAACAAUAAAGGUAUUCUCAUAAAAUCUUCUCCCCGUUAUUUUUAAAUCUUAGGUUCUACGGAGUUUUCGUACUCCGGAUUAAUGCAAUUUAAAAUUAAUCGAAUUUAUUUUGUAGAACGUAUUAUUGAGAAGGAUCAAUAAAUAAUGAUAGUCUUGUAAAAAGGGAACCAGCAUCCUCUUUGCAUAUUUACGUCGCAUAAAAAUGAUGCUUGAAAAAGCUUGGCAAGUAUUGUUUUGUCUAAAGAAAUGUUAGAGUGACGAGGUCCUAGAUGGUGAAGUGUAUACAUGUGUAAGUGGGCGGAGGGAGCGGCCGGCGCCGGGUCCUCACCCCGCAAACGUUAGUACGUAUACGUAUGUAUCGCCGGCGCAUUUUUAGAUAGAUAUCGAUCGCAUGACGGACGUAUUCCACGUAGUUACAUCAAUGUUCAUUUUGACCAAUCAAAUGUAUAAACUAUGUAAAAAGCAGGUAUUUUGUAAUAAUAAUUGAUUGUAACCAGAAAUUCAUGUAGGUAUUAGUUGAUUUUUAAGAAAAUCAUAUAAGCUUAUUUGAUAAUCAAAAUAAUUUGCAUGCUUUGUGAUUACGAGAGUGCAAACAAACGAGGGACGAUUUCAAUUUGUAUCAAGUCUAGGAAAACAUUUGAAUAAAGGAGUAAUUAGCAAAAGGUUAGUUAGUGGUAAAUUCUGGUCUAGGUUUUUAUUUUUCUAAUAAUUAGGGCUAAAUAUUAUCAAUUUAAUUCAACUGCUAAAUUUUGCCACCCUAUGUAAAUGAUAUUAGCAGAAAUAAGUACUGUGAUAUUCAUUCACUUUCACGCGUUAAAUAAAAUAGUAAUACAUAUGUAAUUUAUGUUGUUUAAGUCUGUGUGGAGUUAUCUAUUGUAAAAUUAGACCACGCUGUUUGUAAUGAAGACUUAACGCCCGAGUCCAACCUUCAUACAGUCUCGUGACUAAUGUUAGUCAAGUCAUUCCGAUUGGAUAGUUUUACAAUUCCGUAAACAAUACUACAGUAAUACCAACGUUUAAUGGUAUUAACUGCUUGUUCUAGUUGAUGUAUCAACCUAAAAUUGUAUAUUGAUUUUAUUGAUACAUGAAUUUUAUUUCAUUACACAAUGCCCUCUGCCUGCAAUGCCUAUGAAACUUAAAUUCCUAUAAGUACAUAAAUGAUGGAAGUAUUGAAUGACAAUUAUUUACAAAGUUUAAAAUUUUACAGAAUUGUAAUACACGUAAAAAUUGCAGCGGUGGCACUAUGGUUCUAUUUUUAUCCCUUGUCACUAUGCCCGUCACUUUCGCGCUAACAUACUUGUUAGAACGUGACAGGCAUGCUGACAAAUGAUAAAGAGCCGACCAUCUUAGCCCUACUGCUCGUGCUAUUGGAACAUUUGUCACUGUAUGAAGAUUAGGCUCCAAAUAGUAAUUUAUACAGAUCGCGAUAUGUAUCGCCUCCACAUUAGGCUUGCCUAUGAUUAAUUUCCUUUUCACCACACCAACUGAUAAAGGCCCUCUUGGUUGUUCAAAAACGAAUGAGAAAGUUGCGUUUUAUCCACAUGUGAGGCAAAGUAAUCAGAUGCAAAUUUUGAGUCGUUUCCUUAUGUUAGCUGGUAGAAUUGAUUUUUAAAUGAUGAUUUUGGAUGAUAAAUAUUGAAUUAAGUUCAUUGGAUUUGAUUUGGUUUGUUUUUUUUUUUUUUGGUUUUGCAUAAUUAUUAUUUUCCUCGCGUUGGUGUGGUGAAAAAUGUGUUUCACUCGGAGGCAAAGUUUGUUUAACCCUCGUGCAUUGAAACCCUCGCAACGCUCUAGAUUCCACUUCUCGAACCACUCGCAACGCUCGUGGUUCAAUUUUGGAAUCUUUCGCUUGCUCAGGUAUCAAUAUUAGCACGAGCGGUUAAACAACUUUGCCUCCUUGUAAAACAAAUAACUAUUUCAUGUUCUACAUAACAUCGUAACUUUUGUUUUCUGACUUAGUUUGAAAUAAGAAGUUUUAACCAGUUUAAAUAAAUCCGUUUCAAAAUUA